GGCACCAAUUGGUUCGGCAAACUCUGUUUCGAUACGGCCUCGCCAUUUCGUCGAACACGUGGUAGUACGUGGGACCGGCCCUUCCGCAAUGGCCUCCUUCCUCGCCGCCCGCCGCCUCCUCUCCACCGCCGCCGCCCGGCGCCUCCUCCCAUGCACUUCCCCGCCGCCUCCUGCCACCGCUGCUCUCUGCUGGCUGUCCACCGACGCCUCGCCCCCACCGCCUCUUCCCGCCCCCCCUCUGGAGCCCGCGGUCGACCCUCCCAAGAAGGAUGGAGCCUCCUUCUCCGCCGGUUCCGGCGCUGGAGGGGCCUACCGGACUGGACAGGGAGCUGCAUCGGGGGGUCGCCGAUCUGGUGGCGCGGGGUACGAGGAGGAGCAGCAGAAGGUCCUCCGCGCGUCGCUUCUCCACGUGCCGAGGAUGGGAUGGAGCGAGUCGGCCAUGAUCGCGGGUGCGAGGGACGUGUCCGUGUCGCCGGCCAUCGUCGGUGCCUUCCCAAGGAAGGAGGCUGCGCUAGUUGAGUUUUUCAUGGAUGACUGCCUUCAACAACUCAUGGAUCGCGUUGAUGCUGGUGAGGGAGAGCUUUUGAAAAACUUGAUGCUCACUGAGAGACUAUCUAGACUUGUUCGGAUGAGGCUUGAGAUGCAGACACCUUACAUAUCAAAGUGGCCUCAAGCGCUGAGCAUUCAGUCCCAACCAGCAAAUGUCUCAACAAGCUUAAAGCAGAGAGCAGUCCUUGUUGAUGAGAUUUGGCAUGCUGCUGGAGAUUCUGGAUCAGAUAUUGAUUGGUAUGUGAAACGUACUGUGCUUGGUGGCAUCUACUCAGCCUCAGAGGUGUACAUGUUAACAGAUAAUUCUCCAGAGUUUCACGACACAUGGACAUUUGUGAAUCGCCGCAUCAAAGAUGCUCUUGAUUUGCAGAAAUCUUAUAAGGAGGUCGCUUAUCUAACUGAAACCCUGGGAGCAGGGAUCGGUGGCUCCAUACAGGGCGUCCUGAACAAGGUUUUCCAGAAAUGAAGAAACUUGCCUUUGCAGGCUGCCUUCUCGACAUUUCCACCACCACUUAUGUCACGUUAAGAUUAUAUGACCUUGUAUAUAGUACCUUCUUUUACAAACAAACGCUAUUAGGGUAGCCAAGAAGUUAUUUAGUCGGUGAUCAGAGGUCAGUUGAGUUGUUGAUUAGUCAUCAUUGCGUAAUUCCGCUGCAGGUUGGCGAAAAAUCUGUUUACGCUACAGACUCUAGUCCCAUGUGUGGACCGAGUUGCCGCAAACAGAACAAAGACACUCGCGGCUUUGCAUGGACACGACUUGACAUUUGAAACUUUAUAUAAGGGUUGAGCGCUCGUUGGUGUUA